AUGGACAUUUGGACGAAAAACCUCAGCAAAGACUUCGAGCGGACAGAGCCCUACGUCCCGGAGCUACUCAGUGUGAGACCGAAAGUCUUGCGGAUCAGCAACAUGUUCACGCACAAGGAGUGUGCUUUGCUGCGUUGGCUCAUGCUGGAGGCGCUUAUCUACUUCGGUGACAGCUCCGAGAUGGUCACAACACGGCCAGGAUCUGUCAACUCCUCUUCUGGCUUUGGAAACUUGGGCAAGAGGCCACUGAUGCGAAUGCAAGAUCCAGAUCAGCUGUCUUUCUAUUUUCAGGAGCCCCCAGACUUUAUGAUCGCGAUGAUGCAGA